GGGGUGAGGCUCUCUCAGAAAAGUAUAACAGCUGACUGGUAGUCUGCUGCAGAUAAUGGAUGCUAAGUUAAAAGAGGACCUGUUCCGGAGGUAUGUGGCAGCACUGGAGAGGCGUCUGGAGAAUGGAGGGGAAUACACAGGGAGUGGAACUGCACAAGAGGGGGACAGAGGCAGACACAAGGACAGUGAGGCCCUCCUGUCCACAGCCACAGCUCUGCUAGGGGCCUAUCAACCAGAUCCAGGACAACGUUUCCGCAUGGUGCGUUUUUAUGAGGUGUUGGAGACCUCGCUCCGCUGCCAGAGAGGAGGUAACCUCAAGAGCCUCGAGAGAGCCUUUCACACCCUGGAAACCAUCUGCACCAACCUUUUGCUCUUCCCCUGGAAGAAGGAGUUCAGAUGUAUUAAAACCUUCACUGGCCCAUAUGUGUACCAUCUGCAGUCUGCCAUUACUGAUGCUGAACUCCGAUCCCUAAUGCGCACCAUUGGCUACUCCUGUGACCACGAUUCACAGUUUCAUUUGCAGGAGCACCCGGGAGGCUCAGGUCAUCUCCGCCAGUUGGCUUUUGAGCUCUUCCUGGCCCAGGCAGAGUGUCGUCUUCUGGGAGAGAUAGUGGCUCUGGCCCGUGGUUCAGCCUCAGAGCUGGAGGCCCUGGAACUCCGCAGAGGUUGCAGAGAUGAUGCAGCUGGCUGUGCCGAGGCACUCCGCAGACGCGACAGCCUUGGUGCAGAUAUGGCUCGGCUUUCUGUGCGCCCAUUGGAUAUCGAGAGGCCACAUGCUCACCACCUGAGGCGAGGAAGCCGACCGUCAAAAUCUGUGGAUGUUACAGAUGGGGCUGGUCACUGGCACGCAGCAGUUAGCAAGCCUGUCUUGAAGGCCUCAUUGAGUCUGAGGAAGGAGCCUCUGUUUGUGGAUGCAGAGGAGGAUAUGAAGGAUGAGAUCAUCAGGCCCAUCACCUCAGCAUCUCUUUUCUCUGUGGCAGCUCCACCUUCUUAUAGCCCUGUCGCGGAUUUCUUCCCCAUUCAGUCACCUCCUCCAGCUGAUGCUUAUACAUCCUACCACCUUUCGUCUUUGGAUGAGAUUGACUUGUACACAGAGAGGGGUGUUGCGGGGACGGGAGGAAGGCAGACCCCGUCUCGACCUCCAUCCAGAGAGCCUCGAGAUGCAAGAGAUGGGUGGCUGCUCAAAGCGCAUGGAAGUGUGAAGUGUCAGGGUUGUGGACUUGGCUGCUCCUCAAUGACCUCCUGCCAGAGGUGUGACAUGAUCCUCUGUUCUGCCUGUCAUGAUGUGGACCCCUCCCCUUGCUGUGGCCUCCAAGACUACCACCCCAAAUCCCCACGACCCCUUGAUGGAUACAUCCCUGUCAAGGAAAAGCUCUCUGUGUACUCUAAUACUCACACCCACUCCCAUCUCCACCCGCACCCCCUCACACUGACCCACUCACACUCUCACCCCCACCCUCACCCCCAGAUGGUGGAGAAACCCCUCUUGUCCACUAAGCUGUUUCCAAGCAAGUCUGUUGCCUUGACAACGCCAAAAGGAGGCAGCAGUGAGCGAAUAAGCAUUGGGGGAUCACGCUGCGGGUUCUGCAACAAGCCAGGUGCAUCACACACCUGUGUGAACUGCUCUAAGGUGUCAUGUGACUCAUGCAUGGGCUUGUAUGCAAAGGAUAUCUGCACGCGAAAGAAUCCCCAGCACAGUUUUGUGCCCAACCAUCAGCUCAACUUCAAAUCUGGCACCAUAUCUCACCUGGUGUACCGAUGAAUCAGGCAGACAGAUUUUUUUUCUCCCUUGUAGUCCCCUCCCUUAAUCUGCAGCGUAGUCUUGCACUAUUGCUUUAGCUCUGUUCUUGCUUAAACAACUCAUUCACUAUCUUCCCCUUUAUCUGAUGGUCUUUUACGCUCUGUCUAACCCUCUCUUGAACUUUGUAUAUUUUCUCUUGCUGUCAGUAGGGCCCUGGAAUGCACAUGCCACAGAGAGCCAUAUCGUCUGCCCAUCUCUCUGCCUUGUACAAGUUCAGGCCUUUUAUCUAUUUCUUCUUCCUUUUACCUUGCUACCUGCUCUUGAGUAGUCAUGUGAUGUUGUAGCGCUUCCCAAAUUCCUCAAAGUUUGUCCUCCUCAAAAGGGAAACUGAAGAAAAGAGAGUUUAAUUCUUUCUCCUUUUGAAUGAAUUCCGUCCAAAUGAACAUAUAUACUUUGCCUAACUUCUCAGCUAAAAAUUCUUCUAAUAUAUAAAUAUAUAUACUGUGUGUGUGUGUGUGUGUGUGUGUGUGUGUGUGUGUGUGUGUGUGUGUGUGUGUGUGUGUGUGUGUGUGUGUGUAAAAGACCUCUAAGCUUGCAUUGUGACAAAGGAGAUCUUUUUAAACUUGAAAAAUAGUAGGGAAAAACAGAAAACAUACACUGGAAGUCAAUAACUCAAUAGUUUAUAUUUUUAAUCUCUAUUCUGUAGAACAAUGUGAGACUGUUAAAUGGGCAUGAGGUCUGGUAUUGGGAUUUUGAUGGUAUAAACCUGGGGUGGGAAAUAUCUCAAAGGGACACAUUGAGACAAUGGUCAGAUGCCAUAUAUUCUAUUUAAAAAAAUUAUGCCUUGUAAAUUAACCCUCAAUUGUUUCUGGUUAUAUGACUGAAGUUUAAAUGCUGCUGUUGACUUGAGAUGUUGGAGAUGUGUGGUGUUUGACUUCUUUCUGGUAAAUAGCCUGUUGAAUUGUGUCAGUUCCAAGCCUGCCCAUCCCCUUUCAUUACACUCCUUAAGCCUUCAUGGUCCAUGACGUUGUAGUGGCCCCUUAAUAGAUCAGCGGUUCCCCGUCAGUCUCAGGUGGAGUCACAGGGAGUCUCACACUGGGCCACAAAUCAAAUGAUUGCAGUUCUUUGACAGUGUGCGAACCUAUUGAUUGGUUUUAGACAGUAUGAAAGUGUAUAGUCUGACACGGUUUCUGUCUACCUCAAAUUGCUUCAGCUUGUACACCUAGUUAAACAUUGUGGUUUUAAACUAGCCCUAGAAACCCAAUAAAUAUUGUAUAUAGUACAUCAUUCUUCUGUAAUUUUCAAUUCAUGUUUUCGCUGAAUAGAAAAUAAUACCCCAACGUACAAUUAACUAACCCAGUCACUUUUAAAGGUUAGCAGAGUUUAUUUUGUGAGAUAAUCAGGGCCUUUAUUGUUUGAACAGUGUUCAGAUAUAGCAUAAGGUUUCCAGUCUUAAAAAAAUACUCACGAGUUAUCAGUUUGUCCUUUGUGCUAUUCAGACU